AUGGCUCUCAGUCUCCUCCACCUUGCCUUGUUAAUAAUGGCCUCAUCACUAUUCACGCCCACGCCCGUCUCGGCAUCCAACGCCACGGCCGCCGACCUCUCGGCCCUCCUCGCCUUCAAGGACAGUCUUUCCGACCCUGGCGGCGUUCUCCGCGGCAACUGGACGGCCAGCACGCCCUACUGCGGCUGGGUCGGCGUCUCCUGCGGCCACCGCCACAGGCUGCGCGUCACGGCUCUGGCACUCCCCGGCGUGCAGCUGGGCGGUGGCCUGGCUCCCGAGCUCGGCAACCUGUCUUUCCUCUCCAUCCUUAACCUCAGCGACACCGCGCUCACGGGGCAAAUUCCAACCAGUCUCGGGAAGCUGCCACGCCUCCUUUCCCUCGACCUCUCCAGCAAUUAUCUCUCGGGCAUCGUCCCGGCCUCGCUCGGGAACCUCACCGUGCUCGAGAUCCUCAAUCUCGACUCCAACAACCUCACCGGUGAAAUCCCACACGAGCUGUGCAAUCUGCAGAGCGUUAGGUUUCUUAUUCUCAGCAGGAAUGACUUGAGCGGGCCGAUGGCCCAGGGCUUGUUCAACGGAACGUCUCAGUCUCAGCUGAGCUUUUUCAGCCUUGCAUACAACAGCCUGACGGGGAACAUUCCUAGCGCCAUCGGUAUUCUGCCAAACCUUCAGGUCCUCGAGCUGUCGAGGAACCAGCUUUCAGGGCAGAUACCGUCCUCACUGUUCAACAUGUCCAACCUGCUAGGGCUGUACCUCUCCCAGAACAAUCUCUCGGGACCGGUGCCAGACAACCAGAGCUUCAACCUCCCCAUGUUGCGAGACGUGUAUCUCAGCAAAAACGAGCUCGCCGGCACGGUGCCACCAGGCUUUGGGGCGUGCAAGUACCUGCAGGAGUUCGUUCUGUCAUACAACCGCUUCACCGGUGGAAUACCGCUGUGGUUGUCAACCUUGCCGGAGUUGACGACGAUGUCCCUAGGUGGUAAUGACCUUUCCGGCGAGAUCCCCGCCGUCUUGAGCAACAUUACCGGCCUCACCGUACUAGACUUCACCACGAGUAAGCUGCAUGGGGAGAUCCCACCGGAGCUGGGCCGGUUGGCGCAGCUGCAGUGGCUCAACCUCGAAAUGAACAACUUGACAGGUACCAUUCCGGCCUCCAUCAAGAACAUGUCUAUGCUCUCCAUCCUUGACAUAUCCUACAACUCCCUGACUGGACCUGUGCCACGAAAAAUAUUUGGGGAAUCUCUUACCGAGCUCUACAUCGAUGAGAAUAAGCUCAGUGGAGACGUCGGUUUCAUGGCCGACUUGUCAGGUUGCAAGAGCCUAAAAUACAUCGUCAUGAACAAUAAUUACUUCACCGGUAGCUUCCCCAGUUCUAUGAUGGCGAACCUCUCCUCCCUUGAGAUCUUUCGAGCAUUUGAGAACCAAAUAACCGGACACAUCCCUAAUAUCCCGGCAUAUCAGAGCAGCAUCUCGUUCAUUGAUCUUCGUGACAACCGAUUAAGUGGGGAAAUUCCACAAUCAAUCACGGAAAUGAAGAAUCUUAGAGGUCUUGACUUGUCUACCAAUAAUUUGUCUGGGAUUAUCCCUGUACACAUCGGCAAACUGACAAAGCUGUUUGGCUUGGGCCUGUCCAACAACAAACUCCACGGCCCUAUACCAGAUAGCAUUGGAAACCUGAGCCAGCUACAACUAUUAGGAUUAUCAAAUAACCAGUUCACUUCAGCAAUACCCCUGGGGCUAUGGGGUCUUGAGAAUAUUGUAAAACUUGAUCUGUCUCACAAUGCCUUGAGCGGCUCUUUCUCGGAAGGUAUUCAAAAUCUGAAAGCAAUAACUUUUAUGGACCUUUCUUCCAACCAACUCCAUGGCAAAAUACCACUUUCACUGGGAGUGCUCAAUACACUGACCUACCUAAAUUUAUCAAAGAACAUGCUCCAAGAUCAAGUACCAAAUGCAAUUGGCAACAAGCUAAGUAGCAUGAAAACAUUGGAUCUUUCGUACAACUCCCUGUCUGGUACAAUUCCAAAGUCCUUCGCCGAUCUCAGCUAUCUCACAAGCUUAAAUCUCUCUUUCAAUAAACUGUAUGGACAAAUCCCAGAGGGCGGUGUGUUCUCAAACAUCACUCUACAAUCAUUGGAAAGGAACACUGCAUUGUGUGGCCUGCCACGCCUUGGGUUCCCACGCUGCCCAAAUGAUGAGUCCAACCAUCGCCAUCGAUCUGGUGCCAUAAAAUUUAUACUUCCAAGUGUUGUAGCAGCCACUGUAAUAGGAGCUUGCUUGUUCAUCCUGAUCAGAACUCAUGUCAACAAGAGGUCAAAGAAGAUGCCAGUCGCUAGCGAAGAGGUAAACAACUACAUGACAGUCUCCUACUUUGAGCUUGCCCGUGCUACAAAUAACUUCGACAGUGAUAACCUGCUAGGAUCUGGAAGCUUUGGCAAAGUAUUCAGAGGCAUACUGGAUGACGGGCAAAUUGUCGCGAUAAAAGUCCUGAACAUGGAACUAGAAAGAGCCACUAUGAGCUUUGAUGUUGAGUGCCGUGCACUUCAGUAUGCUUCAACCGGUAAAGCGUCAAGGAAGAGCGACGUUUUCAGCUAUGGGAUAAUGCUUCUCGAAGUCGUCACUGGGAAGAAGCCCACCGACACCAUCUUCAGUGAAGAGCUAAGCCUGAGAGAGUGGAUCAGCCAAGCUAUUCCGUCCAGACUUGCUCAUGUCGUGGACCAUAACAUCCUUCUUCUAGACGAGGAGGCAACAAGCAGUGGAGAUGUCCAACACGCCGGCUGGUCAUCUUGCGAAGGAUCUCCCAGCGGGUGGAGCUGCCUACUGCAGAUAUUGGACUUGGGUUUACAGUGCUCGUGUGACUUGCCUGAGGAGAGGGUGUCAAUGAAGGAUGUGGCUGCCAAGCUCGCAAGGAUCAAAGAGGGUUUACAAUCCUCCAGAUGA